AAACGGUGUGAGCCUUAGCUGUAGCCAUGUAGCUAGGCGGUGUGUGAUAUCAAUGUUAGUGUGAUUCGUGCCCUCAGCUGUUUCCGCCAGUAGCUAGCUUCCCCCCCUUCCUCCUCCUCCUCCUCCUCUCUCUCUCUCCGGGACAGACGGCGGCAGCUAGCCCCCCCUUUUCUCGUCACUACAGGAGGAUGCUGAAGCUGUUCGGUGCGCUGGUUGUCCUCGGACUGGCCCUGGCGUGCAUCACCUCCUGGGUGCUGGAUAGCUACGACACGGCUUGGCACCCUAAACGCAGCAUUCGGCAGCCGGCUGUCAGCGGUGGAGAUGAUGGAUCUAAGGGGAGCUCUCCACCAUUUCCCGGCGACCAAUUUAACAAUAUAUUCUGGUUUGUACAGGUGUCCGACAUUCACAUCAGUCGGUUUCACGACCCGAGACGAAUACCAGACUUCGAGAAGUUCUGCACCGACACCGUUGAGGUGAUCAAACCAGCUCUAGUGCUUGCUACAGGAGAUCUGACAGACGCUAAAACGGAGAGUAAGGUGGGAUCCCUCCAGCACGAGGUGGAAUGGCAGGCCUACCACAACGUCCUGAAGAGGUCGCGAGUGAUGGAGCGCACCAAGUGGAUCGACAUCCGUGGAAAUCACGAUGCCUUCAACAUAAUGUCUUUGGACAGCGUCAACAAUUAUUACAGAAAAUACUCAGCCAAUCAGAAAAUAGGCUCUUUCCAUUAUGUUCACAAUACCCCCUUCGGCAACUACUCGUUCGUCUGUGUGGAUGCCACCCUGACUCCGGGACCCAAGAGACCGUACAACUUCUUUGGGAUCCUCAAUCAGACUCAGAUGGACUUGCUGAACACAUUCAGAGCAGAGAGUAUGACGACCAAUCAGUCCAUCUGGUUCGGCCACUACACCACCUCCACCAUCGUCUCCCCGUCUCCAGGCGUGAGAGACAUGAUGAGAGCCGCCGUGGCCUAUCUAUGCGGCCACCUGCACACACUCGGCGGCCUGAUGCCAGUCCUGCACAGCCGCCAUCGGCUCGGCACUCUGGAGCUGGAGCUGGGAGACUGGAUGGACAACCGCAGGUACAGGGUCCUGGCCUUUGACCACGACCUGCUGAGCUUCUCUGACCUUCAGUUUGAGCGGUGGCCCGCCGCGCUCAUCACAAACCCUAAAGAUGCACAGUACCUCCACCCAGGGGUGGAGCCGCUGGGCCGCAUUCGGAGAUCAACACAUAUUAGGAUCUUGGCGUUCUCGGAGGCUCCCAUCACUGCAGUCCACGUGAGCAUAGAUGGGGAGUCUUUGGGGACGGGCCGCCCCGCUGGAGGUCCCCUCUAUGUUCUGCUGUGGGAUCCGUCUCUGUACCUGGCUGGGCUGCACACAAUCAAGGUCAAAGUGGAGGACUCAGCGGGCCGCUCAGUGGUGCGGGAGCAGCACUUCACGCUGGAGGACGGCCUCACUCCCAGUUUCAGCUUUGCGCAGUCCUUCAUCCUGCUCACGGACCACUACAUCCUGGGCCGGGCGCUCUUCAUAUUCACAGUGUUGCUGAACGUCGGCGUGCUUGUUGCCUUCAGGUUCCUUCGUCUUCCCUCAAGCAGAGCACUUUCCUCUCAAAUAUGUAUAUCUCUCCACCUGAUCAGUAAAAUGGACAUCUUCUACUACUCCCUGCUGCUCUUCAACCUGUGUACAGCUUUAGGUCCAUGGUUCAUUGGAGAGCUGAUAGACGGACACGGUGGCGCCUGCUUCGCCUUUGGCGUGCUCAUUGAUGGUCAUUUCCUGGAAGGAAGCCGCACAUAUGUUUUUGGAGUCUUUCAACUGGUCUUCUUCAACAUUCCCCUCACCUCUUACCUCUGCUGGAGCCUUCACCACCGCUGCAGCGGCAGCACCCUGCGAUCCCACUUGGUGCGGCCGAGCCGCCGUGGCCGGACUCUGGCGGUGCACCUCUUCAUGCUGCUGCUGCUCAGCUGGCAGGCCCACUCCUGCUGGUCCCUCCUGAGGACCUACGGCGUCACGGCCUUCCUCCUGUCUCCCGUCCGCACGUGGGCUCUGGGGCUCGCCGUGGUUCUGGUCUACCGAGCCUGGACAGGCCCCGUCCCCCUAUUUCACGACAACAGCAAGAGCAACUCUUCCUCUUGACAGUAAUAAUUGCACUGUUACACCCUGAGCCUGACUCUCAGAUAUGUUGCUGUCUCUCCUUACCCUGAAAGCCUGAAACCUUGCUUUGUUCAGUCUGCAUGAAACUACAGAAAAAUCACCUUAUCAGUUGAUUUGUGUGUAGGGGUAGUUUACAAUUAUUACUUGCAAAGCAAAUUAAUUUCCAUGUAAACAACUGCCAAUAAUGUUGACAUUUAUGCCAUUGCCAGAUUUCUCCAAAACCCAGGAUGCAACUUGAUGCUUGUCAUUUUUAUUUUGUUUUAUUUUUUUUACUCGCAGAAAGCAGCUGUUUGUUUCUUAGGAAUGUCAACAAUAAGCCGGUCCUAGAAAUACAUCAGGACCCCCCGCACUUCAAAUCUAUUCAUUGAACUGAAAACACAUCAAACAAUCCUGACGUGUGGAGGACUGGCAGAGAGACCAGAUGAAUGUGUUAAACCUUGUGAUGAAAUGAGAUGAAUCACUAUUUUAUGCUGUUUUAUUCAUUGAUUUUGAAUGAUUUUUAUUUUGAAAGAUUUCCUCAUUGGCACUGAAAAGGGGGGCAUAUUUCAGCCCCGACCUUUCCCACUAGGAAAGCAUCCCUUACUGUAUGUGUGAUAACCUGUUUUGUUCGUGUUGUUCAGAAUAUGUGCGUAAGCACUGAAAAUCGUCACUGGAGUUUCAUCCUGUGAUGUUUAAUAUUGCCAAGAUUACUGCAGAAUUAUGGUUCGUUGAUGGGAUAGGGCACAUUCAUAGGAAAAUAGCGAUAGGAAAAUUAAAAUAAGUGCACCCUUGCUGGGAGCGGUUCCAUACCUUUUUCUGCCACACUGACACAAAUAUCUUCCAUUUUUUUAAAAUCAUUCUUUUAUUGGAGCGUUUUCUUCUCUCUCCAGCAAUCCAGUGUACCUUUCCAAAUCUGCAUCGUCUGUCCACAUGGCGGCGGUGUUAAAUUUGGAUCACUUCUCACACAUAAUGCAGUAUUUUGUUUUCUCCCUCUCUUUAAU